UUCACCUCCGAUGGAGAGGCAUUUGACCAAACACGUCGGCGUCGCAUUAUUCUUCUAAUAUAGACCACUCAUUUCCUCCCUCCGCCAUCCACCCUUUGCUCUCACGAUGGAUUCCAACCCCCGCGCCCGUUCUUCUCCUGCUUCUUCUUCGAUCUCGUUGACUUCCUCAUCGGACGGCGGUGGAGAUGGCGGCGAUGGAGGGCCGAAGGAUAGGAAGAAGGAGGCGCUGGGGUGGAUCGAAUGGGGGAGAGGAUGGUGCAGCAUAAUCGGGGAGUUCCUCUUCCAGAGGAUCGCCGCCAGCCAUGUUGAGAACCCUCUGCCCGUCCCCCCGCUCGAUGGCCUCACCUGCAUCGUCACCGGCGCCACCAGUGGCAUCGGCCUCGAGAUCGCCAGGCAACUUGCAGAGUCAGGAGCACAUGUUGUGAUGGCUGUCAGGAGAACAAAGCUAGCUCAUGAGCUGAUCCAGAAUUGGCAGAAUGACAAGUCUGAGAUAGGGCUAACCCUUAAUGUUGAGGCAAUGGAACUUGAUCUGCUCUCUCUAGACUCUGUUGUAAGAUUUGCUGAAGCUUGGAAUGCUCGUAUGGUACCGUUGAAUGUAUUGAUCAAUAAUGCUGGCAUUUUUGCAAUUGGAGAACCCCAACGAUUUUCAAUGGAUGGGUAUGAGGAACACAUGCAAGUGAACCAUCUCGCCCCAGCACUGCUUUCGUUGUUGCUUUUGCCAUCGCUUCUUCGAGGAUCUCCUAGCAGAAUUAUCAAUGUUAAUUCUAUUAUGCAUUUUGUUGGCUAUGUGGACACACAUGAUAUGAACAUGACAUCUGGAAGAAGCAAAUACACAAGCUUAGAGGGUUACUCAAGUAGCAAGCUGGCACAGGUAAAAUUCACUAGCAUUCUUCACAAGCGAAUACCUGCAGAAGCCGGCAUCAGCGUCUUGUGUGUUUCUCCCGGCAUCGUUCACACGAAUGUUGCAAGAGACCUACCUAAGGUCAUCGUUGCGGCUUAUCAUCUAAUUCCAUAUUUCAUAUUCAGUGCUCUCGAAGGUUCGAGAAGCACUCUAUUUGCAGCCACUGAUCCUCAGGUCCCAGAAUACUGUUCAGUACUGAAGGCUGAAGAAUGGCCUGUUUGCGCCUACAUUUCGUACGAUUGCCGUCCGAUAAACGCAUCCGAGGAAGCCCACAAUCUCAAAACUUCACAGGAUGUCUGGGAGAAAACACUAGAGUUAAUCGGGCUCCCAUCCGACGCCUUGAACAAGCUCAUCGAAGGCGAGGCAGUGCAGUGCCGUUUUGGACCAAAAGAAGAAUGACGACAUGAUUUUAUCCAGGUCAUAAUUUUGCAAUUGGCGAAUUGUUUCAUCAGUCUUCUUCGCAAGGGAAUAAGAUUAACGAUUAGGUUACCCUCUGUCCUUGCUGCUAGUUUGGUGCAUCGUAAGUGGCAUUCUCAAGGAUUUUGAAUUAGACAUUAGUUUACUACUUGACCCACCCAGAGAGACUUCAUUGUGUGUCGCCUUGGAAACAUAUUUAAUGGUUCGUGCCUGCCUGCCUGCUGGCUGGCUGGCUGGUUAAUCAAGAUUUGCAUGUCUAUGUAGACGUCGUGGUCAUACAACUUUUUCAUUUGACUGACUGAUUCGAGCAUAAACUGUUACGCCCA